CCUGCCAGCCAUUUCACAACGACCUCAUCGUCGUCAUUUUGGGGAUUUGGGGGCCGGCGUCUCAUGUUUCCGUCCACGGGUUAUUUCGGCACCUUCCCGUGUCCCUAUUUCGCUAACGGCGGUCUGUGCCAACGGCCCUAUUGCCAUUUUCGGCAUGAUGCCCCAGCCCUACUAUCACCCAUGGCCACGCCCACGCCCGAACGGUCGGUCCCAGCGGCUGUGGGCGUGGGCCAUGACCCACCCGAGCGUUCGUCGGCCCAUUUGGAGUCUUUGGUGAGUGAUGCCGUGAAGAAAGUGCUGCUUUCCGUGGCCGGCUCCACUUCCGACCCGACAACGGACCCGUCCCACACCUUGAAUGCCAUCCUGGCCAAAUUGGACGCCCAACAAAUCGCCGAGGCGUUAAAAUCCGCCCAAAGUGAUCGGCCGGCUAGCCACACCAAGAAACUUUUUCUACCGGCCCAAGAUGCGCCAUCCUAUGAGCCCACGCCCAUUGAAGAAUUGCGGAAAUACCAACAGCCGCCCACGUCUGACCCAUCUUUCAGUCCCACCUACGAUUUUUGUUCGGAGCCCUCGGCUUCCACCGCCCCUCCAGCGGCCCAUGCCCCGCCUCCGGUCAAGAAGUCUUACAUUCCGGGCAACCUCGAGCAACUGUCCAGUCUCAAGCCUCAGAUCCUCAAGAAGAAGCCCGUGCAAUUGCCCAAAUCCAAGGUCACCGUGUUCGGGGACAUUGGCGAUUUGAGUGAGAGCGACGAUGAAGCCACGGAAAGCAGUCACCUCAUCGGUGAGAUUCUCCUCAAAGGCAUGAAAUCCGGUGUGUUUACCAACGUGAACGAAGUGGAGCAGCAGGUCAUCCGCAGUAAAGUCAAAGCCCAGAAAGUCAAAACUGAACCGGUGGUGCCUGAGAAACUUGAAAAUCAGGCGGAGCCGUUGGUUGAGGUUAAGGUAGAAAAUAUUAGUUGUGACACCGUGACGAGUAGCUCCGAAGAUCCCAAAGAGUCUCCCCGAGAACCGCUGGAAAGUAAUGAGGCCAAGCGGCUGAGAUUGGAGAGGGAAGCCGCCAAGCAGUUGGUCGAGGCCAAGGAGAAGGAGUUGCAAAAGAUCGAAGCCAAACGGAAGGUGCUGGAAAAUUAUUACAAGAACAAGUUCAUGGGUAUUGAAAGCAACCUCCCUGAAAAGAAACUCAGCCAGCCUCCGGACAAGAUCCAGCCCCAAAUCCAAGAGGCGGUUGUUGUCAUUUCGUCUGAAUCUGGCUCCGAGUCCUCAUUGGCGUCCACCGUGUCGUACCACAGCCAAAGUGACAGCUCGGAAGAGGAAUCCGAUGAGGAACAGUCGUCCCGCAAGCGAAAGAAAUCCCGAAAAUCGAAGAGUAAGAAGAGAAAAAUGUCGAAGAAAGAGAAGCGAAAGAAGAAGAAAAUGAGGAAGGAGAAGAGGAAAAAGAAACGAUCACGGUCAAGCUCCUCUUCAUCGGAGUCCUCUUCUUCCUCGGAGUCACAGUCAGACAAUGAUACCGAUUCAAGUGAAGAAUAUAAGAAACGUCAGUCGAAAAAGAAGCGGAAAAGGAAAGAAUCCUCCAAAGAAAAAGACAGAAAGAAGAGGAUUGAGGAAAAAAUCCGACACCUACAAGUGAAGCGGGAACCGUUGGCAGUCAUUAGCGAAUCAAGUCCAAGUCAUCCGUCACAAAAGUUGUCGGCCAUGGUCAAGAUUGAAAAAGACGACACUGUCAGCAAAACCCUAACAUUGUCAUCGUCCAAACCCCUCUCGUCCAUUGUCAAAUUAGAGAAUUUUGAAGAGCAAGAACCUCUCUCUAAACAACAACCAUCAUCAUCGGAGUCAGGUACUGCUCAGACCAAGGCGAAACCUCAGUCCUUGGCCGUGGUCAAAUCCGAGGAGACUGCUCGACGUCUGAGUGCGGCUGACAUCAUUCUUGGUGCUCCUGAUUCGUCUGUGGCCCAAGGUCCGAUGAAAACCAAUGUAGGAGCUCAGAUCGGAUCCACCUCGGAUAGUGCAUUCGAGGUAAAGAAUGCUCAGGAAAAGAUCCAAGAUGUUCAUAUCAAGGAGGAUGAGAAGUUGAAUCCGGAUUUCCACAGUGAAGGCGACGAUGUGGACGAGGAAGAGUUGCCUCCUAAUGUUCAAUCCUUUUUGGACGCCAUGACUCAAUUGGACGAACAGAACAACGUCAAAGCCCCAAAGGCAGAUCUGAAAGAGCGCCGGAAGUCUUCGAGGAAAGACCAAGACAAGAAGAGGCCAGACAGGUCUGAUAACAAAGCAAAACGUCCGGAGAAGAGCUCAAGUUCUCGACAUCAGAAAUCGUCCAACAAACACCUGGAGCGAUCUCGAGACGAAAGGUCUAAAAAGGAUGCUGACCAUUCUAAGCACAAGUCGUCUUCGAGAACACGAGAGGAUCAUUCAUCACGAACCAAGGAGAACGAGACGAGACGCCCAAGUGAACCUAUCAAGCACAAGUCCAAGAAUUCGGAGCCAAUCAAAGGCAAGUCUUCGAGGAGCCAUUCAGACUCAACCUUCAAGAAGUCCUCGACAAGCCAUGCAGAAUCGAAGUCGAAAGCUGCAAGGAUUGAAGCCAAGGAACUGGAUCCGCCGUUGUCAAAGGUCAAGGACAAGGAUUCCGAUGAAACGAAUUCUCCUAUCCCUGAUUUCUCUGCGGAAUUGGAUCUCCUUCCAGAUGACUUGAACGAUUUUCAGGAUGACUCCAUGGGGUUAUCCAAUGACGAAGACGAUGCGGAUGAGUUGUUCGAAGACGAAGAUGACGAGCUGCGCAGAAUAUUCAACGAAUUCGACACCACAACGAUUAAUACUGAUUCCAAUGCGCAAAAGAAGGCCCAGAGACUGGUAAAAGAAGGUGACGGCGGGGAUGACAAGGCUAAUACUCAAUCACGAAAGAGAAUCGCUCAUUUAGGAGCCGCAGAUAAAUCGUCGGAGCAAUUGCGACCACCCACCAAGAAACCACGGCUGACUCCCUCGCAAAUGCUCAUGAACCGGUACAAGAAGAUCCAGGAAAAGCAAGAGGAUGAAAGCAUAGAGAACCAAAUGGAGCAAAUCGCUCAAGGCCUGCCAAGCAAAGCCUCCAAUAAGCGGAUCGCCCAUGCCGCAAAUUCUGCGGGACCGCCCAAAUCAAAACUUCAACGUCAAUUGGAUGCCCGACGUGCUGCCACGGAAACGCAGCCGGGCAAACAAACCGUGGCCCAUACCCUUAAAGGCAUGCCCCGAAUGGCCCACAAUCCAACCACCAAAACCAUGGCUCAGUUGGAAAAGCCCAUGAUUGGGGCGGACCCGUCGGCCAAAGUCCCGGCCAAUGUCCGGCAACGCUACUUGAACAGCCUCGUCGAAGAGUGUCUCAAGAUCUAUGGGCAUGACAGGGCCAAGGCCUAUGAGAGGGCCAAGAGCGAGGAGAAGAUUUGUAGUGAUAGAAGCAAGAACCGAAAUAUCUACCUCAAUGUGGUGGUCAAUUGUAUUAAACGCCUUCGGUCGGAGGCUGCAGAGGCGGCCAAAGCAGGUUCUGCGUCAAGUAAGCCUUUGCCCGACGGACAGAAGAGAAACAUGCUCACCACUCACUUGCAAGUUUUGGCCGGCAAACCGGGUUCCAUCGGCACCUGGAGCAUUGAGAAGCGAGCCAAAUCUGACGAGGACAUCCCUGAUGAUCUCUAUUAUGCUGUGAUGAAACGUUACGUCCUGACUCCGGAGCAAAUGGAGGAGAAUUGCUAUCCCUUAGCCGAUCCCAAUGAAAAAGGCAAGGCUAUAGUAAAAGAGGAUCCUUUUCGGCCUCGAAAGGCUCAGCCCACAGAUCCAAUGAAGCGACUUUGUGAUAGGUGUAACCGAAUGUACAGGAUCGACAAAUUCGGACAUCAACUCGAUCGUGAGGACUGCAUUUACCAUUGGGGCAGGCUAAUCCGACGGCGAGGAAACAGAGCCACAGGAUUCAUUCAGUGUUUUUCGUGCUGUCAACUGGAAGCGGAUUCGGAUGGUUGUCAGGUCCACAAAUGUCACGUCACGGACAUCUUGGACUUCAACGACAUGCGAGGCUUCGUGACCACCAUGGACCCGGUAUCGGUCCCUUCCGACGGAGAUUACAAGAUCUUUGCGUUGGAUUGUGAGAUGUGUAACACGGUAAAGGGCAACGAGCUCACACGUGUGACGGUGGCUGAUUUGAGCGGCAAAACGGUCUAUGAGAGCCUAGUCAAGCCUGAGAAUGACAUCAUCGACUACAAUACCAGGUUCAGUGGAAUCACAGCCGACGACCUGGAGGGUGUGACCACCACCAUUCGGGACGUGCAAGCGGUUCUCUUGUCUAUGUUCACAUCCAAAACUAUUCUUAUUGGUCAUUCUUUCGAGAGUGACUUGAAGGCUUUAAAAAUGAUCCAUAUGUCGGUGGUGGACACUAGCGUGGUAUUUCCUCACAAAAUGGGUCCGCCCUAUAAGCGUGGAUUGAAGGUUUUGUCCGCGGAAUUACUUAAGCGCAUCAUUCAGAACGAAGUGGGUGGUCAUGACUCGGCCGAGGAUGCUCUGGCUUGUCUCGAUUUAAUGAAAAUGAAGGCCAAGGAUGAUGUCAAGAAACUGAGACAGAUGGCACAUGCCAAAAAGUGAUCUGCAUUUGUUACAGCGAAGAACGGUUUGUCAAAAUAAUGUUAUUGCAAUAGCCAAGUGAGCGAUACAAUAAAUUAUCAAUGCGCUAGAAGGUAACUACA